GGUAAGUUCAAGCAGGCCGAUCUUGAGCUCGACUUGUGUGUGCACCCAUGACAUUGUUCCCUGCACCUUCGUGAGGUCAUGUGCUCCUCGGAACCCUCCCGAGCGGCUACCCUGCAACAAAUACCUGACGGCCUUGUUCUCCCGCCGGGCCCGACGAGUGAACAAUGGUUGUCUUCCAGAGAGGGGCCAUCUCUGCAUUCGGAAGUCGAAGAUUUUCCCGGUAUUUUUCCGCCCGAAACUCCCACAGUCACAAAGGAAAAUGGCGCAACCGCAAGGGCUUGACCGAGAGGCAGGCAAUGGAGGUCAUCAAGAGGAAGGCGGCAGAGGACCCCAAGAAGCUCCCCUCUUUUCUGUUCGAGUCGUUCCACGAUUUGGGCUCCCGCCCAACUCCCUCCGCGUACAGGUACGUAGUUAAGAACCUUGCUCGAAAAGGGUACUUCUCAGAACUUCAUUCCGUGCUGCACCAACUCGAGGAAAACGAAACCUUUAAAGUUCCUGAGUGUAUCUUCGUGGAUCUAAUACGAAUUUAUGGGGGCGCCAACAUGGUGCAAGAGGCGUUGGGCGUGUUCCUGGGAAUCCCAUGCUUCAGAUGUAAGCCUUCUGCGUCUUCUUUGAACGCUUUGCUUGAAGUUCUGUGCAGAAAGAAAGGGGGAGUUUUAUUGGUUCAGGAUGUUCUGCUGAAAUCCGGCGAACUUGGGAUUAGGCUUGAUUAUUCUAGUUUUGGGAUACUCUUAAGGGCUCUCUGUAAGCUCGGGAAAGUGGAGCAUGCGACUGAGUUGUUGCACAUGAUGCCUGAGCAUGGUUGUGUUCCUGAUUCAUCAAUAUACUCAUUGGUUCUUCAUGGUCUUUGCAAGCAUCGGGGUUCUGAAGAGUUCAUGGGAUUCUUUGAUGAGGUCCAGAAACUGGGCUUCUCUUUUGAUAUGAUGGCGUAUAGGGAAAUGAUAGCUGCAUUGCUCAGAGAAGGUGAGGCAGAAAGUGCUCUUUGUCUAUUGAAUAAAAUGAAAGUUGAGGGUGUUAAGCCGGACAUUGUUACUUACAGUAGCAUCAUGAACGGAUUCUUUAAGCUGGGAAAUUUUCAUCAGGGCGUCCAGGUGUUCGAUGAGAUUUUAAUCAUGGGACUUGUUCCUGAUGUUUUCACUUACAGCAUCUACAUCAAUGGCCUGUGUAAAGAAGGUAGAGUAACGGAAGCUUUGGAGAUCCUCCACACAAUGGAGGAAUCUGGUUGUCAUCCCAAUGUGGUUACUUACAAUACUAUUAUUGUAGCAUUGUGUAAGGAAGGGAAAGCUGAGAACGCAACGGCGCUUUUAAAGGAGAUGUUGGAAAAGGGAUUACGGAGCAAUAUGAUUACAUAUAGGGUAUUGAUUGACGCUUUCAUUAGGAUAGAGGAACUGGAAGAAGCUUGUAACAUACUGAGUGAGAUGAUUGAUAGAGGCUUUCUUCCUCACCCUCAGAGUUUUGAUGCGUUGUUUGGGAAGCUUUUCGACAGAAUCCUCGUACGUGAAGCAUUGCAGUUGCUUGCAUUGAUGUUCAGAAGGUCCAUUCCUCCAGGUGCCAGGAUUUGGGAGACACUAUUGACCUCCCUGCGGAGAUCAAAUUGUUUAGAGCCUACCACAAUUUUUGAUGACUUAAUUCGGUGACUGGAUUAACAGACAUACAUUUAUCAUAUAUCGGCCAGGACUAUCCUAGAUACUACACCUUACAUAAUUUUAAUGCCAGAGACAGAUGUUUUUGAUGUGAUGCUACGGCUGCCCGAGAUGCAAUUAUGAACUUGUUGAGUUCACUAUCUUUGGUGUAAUGGAAUUUCUUCCGUUAUUACAGAGCCAUAUCCAUAAGCUGUGGAACUACGGCGGUUGUACAGCACUCCUCAGAUUGGACGCUCCAAUAGCUAAAGCUGGGGUUACUUGAAAAGACUGUAGAAGUCUUGUCUCGUCAUUUUCUCUAUAGAAUUCAGCUGCCAGAUGCACUAGGUGUGCUACAUUCAUGAUAUAGAGUAAGCAUAUUUACUGCCUCGAUUUUUGUGGAGCUUGGCAUAUUAAUCAGCUUGGAUGUUUCUGAAGGUGUAUUGGCUGUUGAACGCAACGAAGAUGUUAGUUGAGUGCCCUCCAGGCCUAGGCGGUGGGCAUUAAACUGUGCCUAGGUGGACAACCUAGACCCGGGCAGGUCAAAACAGUAAAUGAAAGGAAGGAGAGGAAGAAAAAGAACAAGUACGAGAAGAAAAAGAAGGACAAGAAGAAAAAACUGGAAAAAGGAAGAACAAGAAUAGAGGAAGUAGAAGAAGAAAGGGGAAAUAAUUUAAGACACUUUGUUGUCAUUUGGGGACUUAGGUAGCCCAGCCUAAUUGAAAAGGUGGCUGCCUGGAAUGCCCACCUGGCCACUUUUUUGUCUACUAAGGUUCCAUCAAUGCAGGUGUUGUUUUGCAGAAUUUUGUUUCUGCAGUGCACAAGUUUAGACUUUUACAAGGCGAAUAUGUAGCAUUUUUUAGUCUGGUUCUGUACCCUGUCAAUAGAUCAAGAAUUAAGUUAAAUUUUAGUUGUUUCUGGUUGCCGUUUAGUGUACCAGAGUUUGAGAAUUUUCUACUUAAGUUUUGUUUUAUUUUGUAUAGGCUUAGUGUAGAUAUUAAUUUGUUUCCUUGUUUAUUAUGUAUUUUGGUGAUUUGGACUUGGUUAAUAUUCUAGUCUAUUAGAGCAUCUAGCUAGGUUCGGGCAGAUGUUGGAUUAGAGGUUUAUUUAUUGUGGUAGGGGGUUUCUAGGCUAGGUUUAGGUUGUAAUCUACUUUGAUAUUGUGUUUGAUUUUGAGCAUAGGUUCUCCAAGUGAGCCCAGAAAUUUAAACUUUGGCUGAACUUGAUUGAGACGUGCUUGUUGAUUCUCUGGUUGGCCCUGCAUUAGUUCGCUUGGGGCAUUUGGAGCUUAUAUUGGAGGAGAAUGGCUCUACUUUAGGACUUUAGCCAAUUUAUUCUUGUUCUUGGGUUGUAAUUAACUUUAAAUUUUGUUUGUGCAUAAAGAUCUUGAGCAUGUUUUGCUGAUUUUC